GAACGUGCAAGAACAGCAAACAACGAGGGAGGUUUUCUCUACUCGCUAUUCUCCUCUCUAUUGCCGGACGAUUCGUUGCAGCGCGCCAUGCAACAGUUUAUCCAACCGAAUAACGAAAAUGAGCCAGGCGCCACCGGUGAACAGACUUUGGGCUUGGCUGCAGAACGACUCGCUGCUUCGUUACGCCGAGUGCUGGAUCAUAUCGAUCCGCGGCGUGCUUGGAACACGACCGCCACCGAUGGUACCGAGCAACAACAACAACAAGCACAUGAAGAACCUCCCCAGGAGAGUUAG